GAAGGAGGUCUCUAUGUGUGCAUGAACACGUUUCUGGGAUUUGGAAGGGAGCACAUCGAGAGGCAUUACCGGAAAACAGGACAGUGUGUCUAUCUGCACCUGAAACGACACGUGAUAGAGAAGGUACCAGGAGCAUCUGGUGGAGCUUUACCAAAAAGGAGGAAUGCUAAGCUAUUUUUAGAUCUGGAGAUAAGCAGUGAUCUCAACAACGAUGACUUUGAGUAUGAGGAUGAAGCAAAACUUGUUAUCUUUCCUGAUCACUAUGAAAUCUCAUUACCCAACAUAGAAGAGCUACCAGCACUGGUGACGAUAGCUUGUGAUGCACUCCUCAGUGCAAAAUCACCCUACAGGAAGCAGGAAUCUGACUCCUGGGAAGAAGAGCUGCAGGCAUCUAAACAUGCUAAAACACUUGUACAGUUAGACAAUGGUGUUAGAAUUCCCCCCAGUGGGUGGAAGUGCUCCAAGUGUGACCUGCGGGAGAACCUGUGGCUGAACCUGACCGAUGGCUCUGUGCUCUGUGGGAAGUGGUUCUUCGAUGGCAGUGGGGGCAAUGGACACGCCAUGGAGCACUACAAGGAGACAGGUUAUCCCCUGGCAGUGAAGCUGGGAACCAUCACUCCUGAUGGAGCAGAUGUCUAUUCCUUUGAUGAAGAGGAGCCGGUUUUAGAUCCGCAUAUAGCAAAACAUUUGGCACACUUUGGAAUUGAUAUGCUGCAGAUGCAAGUGACAGAGAAUGGGCUGAGAGAUAAUGACAUAAAGCCAAGAGUCUCAGAAUGGGAAGUGAUUCAGGAAGCUGGCGUGAAGCUCAAGCCCAUGUAUGGCCCAGGAUACACUGGCAUGAAGAACCUGGGAAAUAGCUGCUACCUCAAUGCUGUCAUGCAAGCCAUUUUCAGCAUCCCAGAGUUCCAGCGAGCGUAUGUGGGAAACCUUCCACGAAUAUUUGACUACUCCCCUCUUGAUCCAACACAAGAUUUCAACACUCAGAUGGCUAAACUGGGGCACGGCCUCCUUUCAGGCCAAUAUUCUAAGCCACCCUUGAAAUCUGAGCUCAUUGAGCAGGUGAUGAAAGAAGAACACAAGCCUCAACACAAUGGAAUAUCUCCUCGAAUGUUCAAGGCUUUUAUAAGUAAAGGCCACCCAGAAUUUUCAUCUAACAGACAACAGGACGCACAGGAGUUUUUCCUACAUCUUAUAAAUCUAGUAGAGAGGAACCCUGUGGGUUCAGAAAACCCCAGUGAUGUGUUCCGGUUCCUGGUGGAGGAGCGCACGCAGUGCUGCCAGUCCAGGAAGGUGCGCUACACGGAGAGGGUGGACUACAUCAUGCAGCUGCCCGUGGCCAUGGAGGCAGCAACAAACAAAGAGGAAUUAAUUGCCUAUGAAUUGAAGAGGAGAGAAGCAGAAGCUGCAAGGAGACCUCUGCCAGAGCUGGUCCGUGCCAAGAUCCCAUUUAGAGCAUGUCUGCAGGCCUUUUCUGAACCAAGCAAUGUAGAGGAUUUCUGGAGCAGUGCCCUUCAAGCAAAAUCUGCAGGAGUUAAGACUUCCCGUUUUGCUUCCUUUCCUGAGUACCUAGUGGUGCAGAUAAAGAAAUUCACCUUUGGCCUUGACUGGAUACCCAAAAAGCUUGAUGUUUCUAUAGACAUGCCAGAUUUCCUGGAUAUCAGUCACCUUCGGGCCAGGGGGCUCCAGCCAGGAGAAGAGGAGCUCCCAGACAUUGCUCCUCCCAUUGUCAUUCCUGAUGACCCAAAAGAUCACAUGGCGAACCAUUUCGUGGAGUCCCUAGAUAUUGAUGAGUCCUCAGUUAUGCAGCUGGCAGAGAUGGGCUUUCCUUUGGAAGCAUGUCGGAAAGCUGUGUACUAUACAGGCAACCUGGGUGCUGAAGUUGCUUUCAACUGGAUCAUUGCACACAUGGAAGAACCAGACUUCGCUGAGCCAUUGGUCACACCUGCAUUUGGAGAAGUUGCUUCCAGUGGGGCAGCUGCUUUAGGAGCUGUAGGGCUAGAUAACCAGCCUCCUGAAGAGAUGGUUGCAAUUAUCAUUUCCAUGGGAUUCCAAAGGAAUCUGGCGAUUCAGGCACUGAAGGCAACAAACAAUAACUUGGAGCGUGCACUGGAUUGGAUCUUUAGCCACCCUGACCCUGAGGAAGAAAGUGACCUUGCUUUGGACACGAUGGAUAUGGAGAACAAUGCUAAUGCCAAUAUCCUUGCAGACACAGGGUCUGAGGGACCCAGGAUCAAAGAUGGCCCUGGAAGGUAUGAGCUGUUUGGGUUCAUCAGCCACAUGGGAACAUCCACGAUGAGUGGCCACUACGUUUGUCACCUCAGAAAGGAAGGAAGAUGGGUUAUCUACAACGACCUUAGAGUUUGUGCCUCAGAACGACCUCCCAAAGACCUGGGCUACAUUUAUUUUUACCAUAGGAUACCGAGUUAGGCCUCUAAACUACCACCUGGCCUUAAGAAGCCAUAAGCCUUUUUAACCUGCCCAAAAAAAGUAUACAAUAAAAAUGUAAAACCAACAAAAGACCCCUUAACCCUUGGACUGCCAAAAAGCAAAGGAAAACGUGGGGUGUUUAUAGUGUAUUUAAAAACAAUCAUUUGAUGCCGCCUUAAGUGUUAGACGGAAGAUUUCUAUUAGGUGCUGUAUAGGACAUUGUUUUAAAUUUAUACACCUUACAGGCCAUGUGGAUUUCUGGUGGAGUUUGCAGCUAGUGUGUGGAGAAUAUGGAAGCUUCAGUGUUGAGCAAAAACAGUUUAGCCCAGCUCCUGUCUGCCCUGCCUGUGCAUCCUUUGAAGACCACAAACAAAUAUUUGUGUCUUUGGUGACUGGGAGCCUGAGUUUUCAUCCAGAAUCCAGAUCAUGUAGAGAAAUCAUUUGAAGGGAGGGGGUUUGUGGAUGUUCUUCAAUGCAGAAUGUUUUAUUUCAGAGAUUAUUUUCAGUGCAGUGAGAAAAGUCAGCUGAAGUUAUAUCUGUUGGAAUUCAGUGGUACAGUAUCUUGAUUUGACUUUUCCAGGCAUAAGCCUGAGACUAAUGGAGACAGGAGCAAUCUCCUGUCAGUGCCCUCUACAUUUUUUGUCAAAGAGAAAUUUUAUUUUAGCAGACAUAGGUUUCUUCAUCUUCACUUGGAUGUUCAUCUUGUAAGUUCUACCAACAGUUUCAGGAUUACAGAUGGCUAAAGGCAGAAGAAUUUCUGACUACAAAAUUAAAUGCACACCCUGAGGAAAGGCAAGGCUGUAUUUAAAUUUUGUUUUCUUAUGGAGGAGGAGAAGAAGGGUCUAAUGUCCCAUUAUAUUUAUGUCAGGGAAAUUUGUAUCUAGACCACUCAUAUUCCAUCUGGAACCAACCCACUGACAAAGUACUCAGAGUGCAAUCCUGCUUUCUGCUAAAGAUUGCUUAAAUAUUGACUUUCAUAUCUGAGUGGGGGAAAUUGCUUAGCAAGUUUUCUGAUUUAUUGAUUUACCCCUCUCUUCCUCCCUUAAAAAAAACCAAAACAACAAGAACCAAUAAGAACAAAAACCAAACAAUAAAAACCCCCUUGAAUUUAUAUUUUUGCUUUCUUUAAACUUACCAAUGCAUCAAUAAUCUGAUCUCUUCAAGAGAUACCUUCUAAAAGGGGUUUGAUAUCUCUGGCAGGGAUAAUGGGGUGGGUAGGCAGGGGCUGGCCUUUCCUGUCCUUGUGGUUUUUUUUUGUUGUUUUUU